AUGGGCUACCUGUCUGUGUUCCGAGCCAUCGCAGUCCGCCUGAUGUUUACAGCUCAUGGCGUCAUCUCCAUCUGGCGUCUGACCACAGCCACCCGUGAGCCGCGCUACUGGUACCUGGCAGUGGUCUUGUGUCUGUUGCUGGUGGAGAUGACCAUCACCCUGGGCAAGAAGGCUGGCAAGGAGUGGAAGUGGUUCUGCCCUAGUGUCUUCAUCUAUCUGAUGUGUAUAGUUCCAACCAUUUGGUUCCUCAAGCUGCAUGAGCUGGAGAAAAAGCUGGAGUGUACCAACAGCACCAUGAAGAACUGUAGGAAUGAAUCGACGGGACUCGAGGCUCCUCUGGGAAAUUUUCUUGGGGCAGAGAUACAAAUAAAAAUCGCCAUUGACCUGGACUCGGAUGAGUGGAUUCGUCUCCUGGAGCAGCUUCUGCUGCUCAUCCUCAUCAUGGGUCGGUGGAUCCUGCCCAAAGGGAAGCUGACCCAUGAUCAACUGUCGCAGCUUCUCCUGGUCUACAUCGGCACCGCCGCUGACAUAGUCGAGUUCUUCGAAGCCUUUAAGGAAGAGAAGGUGAGUCACAACCGAAUGCUGUGCAUCAUCAUCCUGGGAAUCUGGUCGCUAAGCCUGAUCCAGUUUUCCCUAGUCCUAACUGCAUCCAGAGUGCGAAGAGAUCGUAGCGGCCUCAUCCCCUUCAGCCAACAAGCUGGCUACGAUGGUUGCUGCAAUGCUGACGUCUACGGCAUCAUUAUCUCUAUACUCCUGCAAGAUCUGCCGUUCUUAAUCUACACAAAUAUGUUUUUCACUUGCAAAAAUACGAUAGUGAUUGUACUACUCAUUUAUCGUCUGAUUGUCGUCCAAGUUGAAAGGAAGCGAUUGGCAAUGGCGGAAGUCGUUACACCUGAUGGUCCUCCAAGGUACUGCUCGUCGCCUGCAAUUUUUGAUCACAACGUCCGGCGGAAUAAAGGAAGAAUGACGGAUUCUAUAUCGCUCAGCAACAGUAAUACGUUAAGUACCUGCAGUACUAAGUGUAGUAAUAAGUCGACCAGAACGGUGAAACCGUUCAGUUCGUGCAGUAAUAUAUACGAGGUGAAGGCGACAGCUUCGACAAGGAACAAUAACUCGUACAAUCAACUACGAGUAAUGGACGAUUUACAUUCUCCUGUUUAA